GUCAGUCGAACCCUGACAGCUGCCGUGGCGAGAAGGGGGAAAACAAGCCAGCCAGAUAGCACAGCAACGUUGGUCGAACUCCCAAUUAACUCCCUGCCAAUUAAAGCUUAGCUGGGGAGGCAUCGCAAAAAGUCUGAUACAAAAAAGAAGACGAAAUAUAUCACUUGUUAAGAGAUGCCCACCGGAGAAGUCAACCUGCAACGAUGAUCUUGUGAAUAUCGAGCGGAAAUAACGACCCUCGAAUUGUCAGAAGUCAAGUGUGUCAGAUGAUGUAAGGGCUUCCUGCUGGUGAAGAACAAGAUGAGUGAGGUCCAGGCCACGGUGGAGUUCUCCGUGGAACUCCACAAGUUCUACAACGUGGACCUGUUCCAGAGAGGGUUCUACCAACUGCGUGCCAGUAUGAAGGUUCCACCACGCGUGCCACACAAGGUGGAGGCCAGCCUGCUGCACCCCGCAGGCUCUGACCUGGCUUUUCCUGCCACCGUCCAGGAAGACGUCAUCAGCAGCAAGACGUUUCAGAUCCUGUACAAGAAUGAGGAAGUGGUGGUCAACGACGUCCUGGUCUUCAAAGUCAUGAUGCUAUUGGACGAGAAGAAGGUGGAGGAGUCUCUAAAUGACAUGGACUUCCAGCUGUGCCUGGAGCUCUACUUCACAGAUGGAGACUACUCGCCUGAGGAGCCCAGCUCCCUCCAGAGCAUCAGCAGCAGAACACUGCGUCUCCACUUCAGCCUCCAGCGAGGCAUCCACCAGCACAUCAACGUCAUGUUCGACUACUUCCACCUGUCCGUCAUCUCCAUGGCGAUACACGCAUCCCUGGUGGCCCUGCACCAGCCCCUCAUCAGUUUCCCACGGCCAGUGAAGAGCACCUGGCUGAACCGCAGCACUCCAGCCCAGAGUAAAGACUCGGUCAUUCCUCCUCUGGAGAAUGUGGUUUUUGGCUCCAGCUACGUCAAGCAGGUGUCCCCUGAUGGUCAUACGUUCUUGGUGUCAGACCAGUGUCUGCAGCAUGCCUUCAGCCUGCACCACAGCCUGUGUGCCAGCCUGCUGUUGGCCUACCAGGGGCUGUUCUCCUACUUCUCCUCCGUCACCCAGGAGCUGCCCUCCUCUCACCGCAUGGAGCUAGCCAAGUCCAGCAUGCAAGUCCUAUAUGAGAGAGUUCUCAGAAGACCCUAUCCCAGAGACCAAAGACACGUCUCCAUAGAGACGGUAGACGUGGAGGGCAGGCUGGCCGACCUGUGUGACCAGGUCAAGAAGGCAGAGAGCCCAGACGAGCUGGCGGAGCUGGUGAACAUGAACCUGGCCCAGCUGUGCUCCCUGCUCAUGGCCCUGUGGGGACAGUUCCUGGAGGUGGUGUCCCUGCAGGACGGAGUCGCCGCCCUGCUGGCCGUGGAGCACCACACCCUCAGAGUGAGGAGGUUUGCAGAGGCGUUCUUCUGCCUGGAACACCCCAGACAGACUGCUCUGGCCUAUCAGGAACUACACGCCCACAGCCACCAGCAGAUGACUACUGCCAUCAAGAGCUCCAACUACUUCCUGUCUCUUCCCCCACUUCCUGUGGAAUGCGCUGACCUGGACGGGGACGUCAACUCUCUGCCAAUCAUCUUUGAGGACAGAUACCUGGCCUCCAUCACUGAGGAUCGUGACGGGCCCUGGCUGGGUGGGCAGCACGUGCCCUGUAGAGGCUCCACGUCUGGUCGCCCCGACAGGACCGGCCCCCGGGACUACACCCCCGGCCCCCCCUCCUCCUCCGCCUGCCCCAGCCCCCCCGCCGACCCUCGCCACGUCGUCAUGGACACCAGUUGGCCCGACAGCUGCGACCCGCUGCCCAAGUCCAAGGGCAAGGCCGCCAAGCUGAAGAAGAACGCCAAGACUGACAACUGCAAGAAGCUGAUCCGCCAGGGGUCCAGGGACUCUGUGGUGCUGGUCGGGUACAAGAACCUCAAGAUCGCUGGAGGUGCUGGGGGCGGGGGAGGUGCACCGCAGGGGGGCGAAACUCCUCUCACCCCCAGGGAGGAGAGGGAGGCCCUGCUGGGGGAGCCCAGCUCAGACCUGCCCCCCAGGACCGCUGGCGGUCUGGUUGAAGGGGAGGCCCCUUUCCCUGAACCUGGGCCAGGCGCUGGGCCAGGCGCUGGGCCAGGCGCUGGGCUAGGCGCUGUUCCAGGUGCUGUUCCAGGUGCUGUUCCAUGUGCUGUUCCAGGCGCUGGGCCAGGUGCUGUUCCAGGCGCUGGGCCGGACUGGCUGGGGGUGGAGGCUGCUGGCCUGUCCAGCAACAGCACCACCCUCCUGAGCCUGGACGCUCAGAACAAGCCCCAGGCCGGCACUGGGGCUGCUGCCCCCAAUCGGACCCUCCCCCUGGAGCCCUGCAGCCUGAAGCACAGCCCUGGCUCCACCGGGGACCCUGGAGCUGCUGGACUUCCUGGUCCUGCUGGUUCUUCUGGGCUGAGGCACAUCGAGGUUCGGCCAAGCCCCAGAGACCCCUACCUUGGGGACAAGGUCACAGUCCUGCUCCCUUGUCGGACAGACCCGGGCCCCCCGGGGUCCCGACCGGGGCUGGCAUCCCUGCAGAGCACCAGGCUCCAGGAUGGGGGGUUGGGAGCUGCCCCCUCUGCCUCCUCACGUCUCUCCGACUCGGGCAUGGAGAGCGAGCCCAGCUCCCUGGCCCCGGGCCUCCAGGCUGGAGGGGUGGGGCUGGCAGCCAACCCUCCCCCCCUGCAGCCAGACAGGCCCCCCCUCAGCCCCUCCCCUCAGCCGGCCCCCCUCUGUUCCACCCCGGGGCUCUUCCCAGAGAACACCAGCGGUGUGAGUGGGGUCCAGUCCUCCCUGACCUCCAUCACCUCCCUGCCGUCGGACGAGGAGGGCGAGGCGUCCACGGCCUCCAGCGGGGCCGAGGGCCCCACCAGGAAGUCCAGCGUUCUGGUCCAGGAGCAGAGCCUGGUGUUCUCUGGCGAGCCCGACAGCAGACCCGGAACCAGCAUUCUCCACCCGGACCGGGCCCCGGCCCCAACCCUGGCCCCAGCACGCUGCACCCUGCCUGGGCAGGCUCUCCGCCCAGGUGGCCUCACCUCCACACCUCCAGCUGACUGCCAAACCUCCACCAAUCCGCCUGAGCUGGACCCAGGCUCCAGGCUGGCCGGGGCCCCUGAGGGUAUGGGGCCCCCAGAAGGGGUGGGGGUCUCUGGGGUGGAACCCCAGACCACCUGUCCCUCCAGUAACUCAGCCACCAGCAGCACUGACCUGGUGAAGAAAGGCAUGGUGGAGAACUACUUUGGCUCUCGCUCUAGCACGGACGUGUCAGAGAUCAGCCCCGUGGAGACGUCGGCCAUCACCCUGGGGCUCGGAGCGGGACCCGGGCCUGGAGGGCAGGUGGAGGAGGAGGACGAGGAGGAGGAGGAAGACCAGGAGAUGAUUGAGAACGGCUUCUACGAGGAAGGCGAUGGCUCUGCCUUCCUCAAUGGGGCGACUGAGGGGGAGGCGGAGGGGGACCGGGGGGCGCAGGGGAGGAGUCUGCUGUUUGAGCAGUUUGGGCUGGAGCAUCUCCCUGAGCCCAGGGGUGGUCCCCCGCGGGCCUGCCCCCGCCCCCCUCCUGGCCCCUCCUCCUCCCAGGCCCCGCCCCCAGCCUCCCGGGGCCCUGCCCCCUCAGCCCUGCAGUGGUUUGAGAAGGCCCCUGCGUCUCAUGUGAAAGCGUUCCUCCAGGGCCGUGAGGAGCUCCGGCAGCUGCGCCUGCCAGGCUUCCUGUACAGCGAGGUGGAACGCCUGGCCUCCACAGUGCCCUACUUCAGCCUGGAGGAGGACGACCGCAGCGAGGAGGGCAUCCACCUGGUGGUGUGUGUCCACGGCCUGGAUGGUAACAGUGCAGACCUGAGGCUGGUGAAGACCUACCUGGAGCUAGGACUGCCUGGAUCCAGAAUAGAUUUCCUCAUGUCUGAACGCAAUCAGAACGACACGUUUGCUGACUUUGAGUCGAUGACCGACCGUCUCUUGGACGAGAUAGUCCAGUAUAUCCAGAUCUACAACCUCACCGUCUCCAAGAUCAGCUUCGUAGGUCACUCCCUGGGGAACCUGAUCGUGCGCUCCGUCCUGACCCGACCCAGGUUCAAGUGCUACCUGAGCAGGCUGCACACCUUCCUGUCGCUGUCUGGGCCCCACCUGGGCACACUCUACAACAGCUCCGCCCUGGUCAACACAGGGCUGUGGUUCAUGCAGAAGUGGAAGAAGUCUGGCUCUCUGCUGCAGCUCACCUGCAGAGACCACUCAGAUCCCCGGCAGACCUUCCUGUACAAGCUGAGCAAGAAAGCUGGUCUUCAGUUCUUCAGGAACGUGGUUCUGGUGAGUUCCCUGCAGGACCGCUAUGUCCCGUACCACUCGGCCCGUGUUGAGAUGUGCAAGACAGCCUUGAAGGACAAGCAGACAGGCCCGGUCUAUGCUGAGAUGAUAGAGAACCUCCUGUUACCCGUGCUUCAGAACAGAGACUGCAACCUGGUGCGCUAUGAUGUCAUCCACGCGCUGCCCAACACCGCCAACUCCCUGAUUGGCCGAGCAGCCCACAUCGCCGUCCUGGACUCCGAGAUCUUUCUGGAGAAGUUCUUCCUGGUCGCAGGACUCAAGUUCUUUCACUAGGGGGCACUAGAGGCCAUGGACUGAGGAGAAGAGGGAUUACCUUGUGGAAGUAUACCUCACUGCAUCCAAACCCAAUGUUCGUAUCAACUGUCUUAUCUGGUUGUUUAUUCACAGUUUUAUACACAUAGCCUUUUUUAUGAUUUUUCUUAGAUUUCUAUGAAUGUUCUUCAUGGUGAGGAAGUCAUUCUGCUCACCUUUUGUUUGUAUAUUUCAGUGUUAUUUAAGUAUACAAAGUUAAGUCAUUGUGUCAUCGGACAUUCGGAUAAACAAUUCAACCGAACUGGAAAUGUAGCUGCUAAAAAUGAAAUGGUUAUUUUUCUGAGGUUGUGAUAAACGUGAUGAUACAAAUGAUAAACCUGUGUUACUGGUGUUGGAAGAAGCAUUUUUACCUGGAGAACAUCUUCACAUCAGAUCUAGACGCUUACAUUGCACCUCGACUGCAUAAAAAAAAAAAAAGCUUUUGUACUGAGUAUAGUCAUUUGUACAAUUCAAUAACUUUUUGUUUUUUAUUGUCAGUUUAGUUUCUUUACGUGCAGAGGGCAAAGACAAUGCAAAUGAGAUAGUUAUAGAGGCAGUUGAUGGUGGUUAGACUGUAUCCUGCUACAUGUGUCUCCUGAACCCACCAGCCCAGGCUGUCAGAGACACCUGAACCUGAGACAUGAACAGAGAGUGUCCUGGCGGGGAUGUCAGUGGUUCAACGUGGCUCGAGGUGAUUACGCAAUCUGACGAAAAGUGGAGGAUUGGGAGUAAUUUAUGCUUUUGAACUGGAGAGUAUUGUUUUAAAUAAAAAUCGAAUUAUUUCAUUG